CCCCAUGUGCUAAUCAAGCUUCCCUUAUGUCCUUCAGAUGAGGGCCAGGUGUAUGCCUUUGGCUCAGACUAUUAUGGAUGCAUUGGCGUUGACAAGGCUUAUGGCUCUGAAGUGCUUGAGCCCCUGCAGCUGGAUUUCUUUCUUACCAAUGCUGUGGAGCAGGUCUCAUGUGGAGAUAACCAUGUGGCAGUGCUGACCAGGAACAGAGAAGUCUACACAUGGGGCUGUGGAGAGUAUGGGCGCUUGGGCUUGGAUUCAGAAGAAGAUCACUACACCCCUCAGAAGGUGGAUGUUCCGAAGACCUUAAACAUUGUGUCCGUUCACUGUGGCUGUGAUGGAACUUUCCUGCUUACCCAGACAGGCAAAGUCUUGGCAUGUGGACUCAACGAGUACAACAAGCUGGGCCUGAAUCAGUGCACAUCAGGGAUAAUCAAUCAUGAUACAUACUGUGAGGUGCCAUACGCCACUUCCCUUACUUUGGCCAAGCAGCUGUCCUUCUACAAGAUCCGUACCAUUUCUCCAGGGAAGACACACACAGCUUCUAUUGAUGAGCGAGGCCGCCUGCUCACCUUCGGCUCCAACAAGUGUGGACAGCUUGGUGUUGGGGACUAUAAGAAGCACCUGGGAAUAAACCUGCUGGGAGGCCCCUUGGGGGGUAAGCAGGUGAUCAGGGUUUCAUGUGGAGAUGAAUUCACCAUAGCUGCUACUGACGACAACCAUAUCUUUGCGUGGGGUAAUGGUGGGAAUGGGCGUCUGGCGAUGACAUCAACUGAGAGAGCUCAUGGCUCAGAUAUUUGUACCUCAUGGCCUCGGCCAAUAUUUGGAUCAUUGCAUCAUGUUCCAGACCUGUCAUGCCGUGGCUGGCACACCAUCAUCAUUGUUGAAAAGGUGUUGAACUCCAAAACAAUACGAUCUAACAGCAGUGGUCUGUCCAUUGGUACUGUGGCUCAGAGCUGCACAACUGGGGGAGGAGAGGAAGAGGAUAAUGAACAAGAAGCAGAAACCCCCAAUCCCAGUGGAGGCUUUCGGGGAACCAUGGAAGCAGAUCGUGAGCUGGGGGGCUGGAUCAGCACUACAGAAGCAAAGGGAGGCAACAGUGCUGACAGCAGCUCCUGCCCUGGCUGGCUACGGAAGGAGCUGGAGAAUGCUGAAUUCAUCCCUAUGCCUGACAGCCCGUUUCCUCUGAGCAUGGCAUCUUCAGAGCCUGAGAAGGAGACUCUUCCUUACCAGAAACUUCAAGGACUCAAAGUGGCCUCUGAGGAACCUGUUGAAUUAAAUAAGCCCAAAACGGAGCCCUGGCCUACUUGCCUGAGUCCAGCCUUACCAUGCAGUGAAGAGAAGGAUGCAUCUUCUGGUGCAGGCUGCAUGUGCAGUGCUCUGCAAGUGGAGGUGACGCACCUCCGGGGCCUGGUUUUACAGUGUCUGGAUGAUCAGAAGAAGCUGCAGCAGGAAACCAUUCGUCUGAGUGCCCAACUACAGCGGUUCAGCAGGAGGAUGGAAGAAAUGCAGCAGGUGAAGGUUCAUUCCAAAGGAACGCAGACAACCAAAGAGGAGAUGGAAGUGGAUCCAAAACCUGAUGUGGAUUCAGAUUCCUGGUGUCUCCUGGGAACGGACUCGUGCCGCUCCAACCUCUAGUCUCCUGAGCCCACUGGGAUCCAUCUAACUUCACAGCACACUAACCGAAUGCAGAGAGCGGCUUUUCUGGCGUCAGGUCACUCACGGACAAGGAGCGAGGCCGGAGGCUCCAGAGCAGCACCCAUGUACGUUUGAUAUGAACUAGGAGUGAGUUUGAGAGGGGGAGGGCCCUUGAGCUCUAGGCCAGCUCAGUGAUUGAAGCAGCAACAGCUCCUCUUUGUACCUUAUCUGUCAAUUCUGCAUGUGAGGCAGAACGGCCCCAUUAUGGCGAUGGCUCCAGUAGCAGCUUGUGGCCCUUUCAUUGUUUCACUGUUUCCUGGGAGCUGCCUUUGGGACCCCAGUAUUCAUCACUGCAACUCUAGAUGAGAGGAGGAAAUGUUUUGUAAUGAAGCUGGCUGAACCCUAAGACUCGCCACCUUCACUUCAGAGGGGUGAAGGACUAGGAUCCUCUCCUUACCACGUGGUAAGGCUCUGCUGGUGAGGCUGCUUCUCUCUGCUCAGGCGCAGAGGGACCAGCGAAUGUAUCAUUCUGGAGGCAGUGGAGAUGUUCCUCUUAGGGAGAUAAUAGCAGACAGCAUGUCCCUGGCCUCGAGGCAUAGCUUCUGGCCAUAUGGCUGUGUCCACUGGUCUGUACAGACAGAGUUUGAAGGCUUUAUUCUGGGUGCAAGGGCUUUCCAACUUCCAGGCAAUGCACCGAGAUGAGUGAAUCAGGUGUUUCCUGUAACAGUAGUGGGGACUGUCUGAGAUUGGAUCUGUAAUUCUUGAUUUCUGACCACCUGCCUCCCAACCAGAUGGUAAGCAUCUGGGCCUCAGACUAAGUUAUCCAUUUCUUGCUCCAGCUGUUCAACUUGGUUUGAGUGCCAGAGUUUCUGGUUUCUUGGCAUAAGCCUGUAGCUGCUCCCUGCUUGGCUUCUCUUUUGCUCAGUCCCUGUGCCUACACUCUGUGUGGGUGUGGGAAGAAUCCGUGUUUUUCCACUCAGUGUUCUGAUGAAGCUGGAAUGCCAUUUCCUACCCAGAAUAGGUCACUACUGCUGUGGUCACAGGAUGUAGCCUUCCCCAAAGACAAUGAAUGAUCAAAUCUCAGUCUGGAAUUCACCUUCUUUCAAGAAGUAAGAAACUUUCCCAAGAAAAUUGGAGAAGAGGCAUGGUCUGAUGCUCAAGAUUUACUCAUUUUCUAUUAGAGAGUGAGGUUAAUUUUAUUCCCCUUAAAUUUAUUAGCAAACUGACUUUGAAGUAAAGCUUAUGGGAUUGGUAAGAUCUCUGUGAGCAGCUAGCCUCCCCUGCCUUACAUGAUGCCUCCAAGGAGUCCUGAGUUCCUCUCACCUUUGCUGUGAGAGUGGGGUUAUCAUUUCAUCAGGCUUAAAUGAUCCCCAUCAAUGUCAUGUUACUAGAAUUGCCUUAGGUCUUCUGGAGGUGGAAUUCGUAUCACCUCUGACAGACUUCUUAUGAGAGACUGUUCUGGGGAAUCCAGCAUUGUCCAUUUGUCUCUAGAGGUGGAUGCCAAACCAUUUGCUCAUACAUAAUGCUCCUUAAAUACUUCUUUGGUGCCUAUUCCUAGUAUCUGGGAGCUGAAUCAAGUGCUGUCAUCCCAAUGCAGUGUCCAGGGCAAGGAUGCUUCCAGUGUGCCUGUCCAUUGCUACCAAAAGCCGGGCAGGAGGAGAGCCCUCCUGGGAGGUGGUGAGAAUCAGAUGCCCUGGUACAGCCAGGCUUGUUUGCCCUUGUGACUCUGCUCUCCUUUCCCCCACGUGCGUUGGAGCCAGUUCUCAGGUCAGGGUCCCGGCUUGAGGGUCAUUGGUCACAUGCAAGAGUGCCUUUGAGGACUGAAAAGUUGAGCCUGAGCCAUGUCCAAUAAGCAAGCACCAAGCUGAUGAGAGUCGCUCUCCUGCAGUGCACUGCUAUCCUCAUUUCUCAAUGCUCUGCAGUUGGGAAGCUAGGUGCACAGACUGGAUUCCCCUUGGAUCUAGUGGAGGAUCAGGGUUCCUGACAGAGGAUGCCCUGUGCUCCACAAUCUCAUAUGUGCCUUAGAGGAUUCACGCUAUCCAAGUUGUGCCUGUUACAGACCACGGAUUUCACACCAGCCAGCUAUGCAACAAAAAAAACAGUUUAAAGGUAGCACCUUUGUCUUGGGCUGAAAAUGGAAAGGCAGGCAGGCAGAAGUGCCUUUGAGCAGUUUCAAACCCUUUUUACUUCUCCCCUUCUUGCAGUGCUACCUCCAUAUGUGUUGGUCUCCUGCUAGUAUUGCUAUUGAGUUGUUGUAGAGGAACACAACUUAUGCCUGCUCUGACACUCUGGCUGAAAACUAGUUUGUCGUUGUCUUUCUUUGAAAGGUUAAAGGGUGGAGUGGUUUGGAGUUUCUGUUUAAAUAAAUGUUUAAACUCAUA